AUGUCGACACCAGAUGAAUCGCCCGCCCAGAGAGCCGCUCGUCAGCGCCGUGAGCGCCGCGAGGCUAAAAUUAGGGAGGGAGGCUCUGCGCGUCUGGACAAGAUCACCAGUUUAAGCGGUCGCACCCCGCAAUCAGAUCGUGCGGAAGCGUCACCCUCUCCUCAACCCUCCCAAUCCGCAGUCUCUCCCUCGCCUCCCCCGUUCCAACAGAACCAGCCAUCGAUGCAGGACCAGCAGUCCGUGGAGGCUCUCCAAGCACAACAGGAUGCUUUCCGUGCCCUGCUCCGACAGGCAGCGCCCGUAGUUGAGCAGAACCAAGAUGCAGACGCCAACGAUCUAGAAGACCCGACUCUUAAACUUCUCAACUCCCUCCUUAACGGCAUGCCCAUGCCUGGUGACCCCAGCGCGCCUCCACCAGUACCAGGGUCCGCUGGUGGAAUGCCAGGCCAAGCAUCAGGGCCUGGACUUUCGUCCGCAGCGCUCAUUGCGUCCUCUCUGGGCCUGCCGCCCUUCCUCGCAAACAUGAUUGGCGGAUUCUUCCAGACGACGGAGGAAGACCCGAAGAGCGUGCGGACAUGGAAAACACUACACGUUGCAUUUGCGCUGGGUGUGGCAUUCUACCUCCUAUUCAUUAUCGGGACGUCUAUUGCAUUGUUUGGUAGCCCGCCACCGAAGCCCGCGACGGUGCAGAACCCGUUCCUGAUUUUCGUUACUGGCGAAUUGCUCUUAUGUGGAGGACGUGUCUUGAUUGGAGGACAGACAGGAUUGCGGUCGGCUAUCAAGAUUGGUAAGGAUGUUAUUCGUGAUGGUAGUCUGGUUAUCUUUGCAUUAGGCUUGGGCAGCUGGUACACCCGUGAAUGGCAAGCCAGUGGUGGGUACUAG